GUUGUUCUAAUCACUGGUGCUGCUAAUGGACUUGGUCGUCAAAUUGCGGUAAAGUUUGCUACAACAGGGUGUAGACUAGUACUAUGGGAUAUUGAUGAGAUGGGUAAUAAAGAAACGAAGAGAAUGUGUGAAGAUUUAGGUGCAGAGGCACACAUCUAUCGCGUAGAUAUGUCUGAUCGUCAGUCCAUCUAUAACCUUGCAUCUACAGUAAUAUCUGAAGUUGGUAUUGUUGACAUAUUAGUAAACAAUGCCGGGAUCCUAUGUGAUGGUGGUGAUUUCCUCGACAAAUCUGAUGAAUUUAUCGAGAAGACUAUACGAGUAAAUAUGAUGGCACAUAUUUGGGUAGGCGCUGAUUUCAUUUUUCGUGUUGUCAGAUAAGU